AAAUGUAGAUACCCAUGUUCCAUUAGUAAUAGCCCUGUCUAUGGUGUAGACUCUUGGGCCAACUCUUGGGCCAGUUAUAGCCCUGUCUAUGGUGUAGACUCUUGGGCCAACUAAGAGUCUGAGACCUAGUCCUCAAGCACGGACCUCUGUUCACAGCAUGAACCCUUUGUCAUAGGUUGUGGAAACAAUGACUGCCAUCCACUCUAGCCAGCCAUCCCUGCUGCCACACAGUUGCAUCAGAGAAGGGGCCAGUCACACACUGUCUCAAGAAUGCCAAAAUCUUCAUGAAUGGGCCACCCUGUGCCUGUAAUCAACAGACAGGUGGGGUGACAGCCAUGGGUCACAUAACUGAGGCCAAACAUGAGAGGCUGGCCCAGAUCAAUAGAUGAGUCAGGGCUCAGAGUAUAAAAUCUUGGGAGCUCCAGUGCUCCUAACAUAAGCCAGCAUCUCCUCUCCUCACUCAGCUCCUGGUGCUUCAAGUAAGUGCUUCUCUCUCUCCUUAAACAAGAUGUCUCACCAGAAAAAGCAGCCCACCCCCAUGCCCCCAGUGGGCUGCGGGAAGACCUCCGGUGGGGGCGGCGGGGGCGGCGGAGGCGGCGGAGGCUCCGGUUGCGGAGGCUACUCUGGAGGCGGCGGAGGCUCCAGCUGCGGAGGCUACUCCGGCGGCGGCGGCGGCGGCGGCGGCGGUUCCAGCGGGAGUGUGAAGUACUCUGGGGGUGGUGGCAGCUGCGGAGGCGGCGGAGGCUCCAGCUGCGGAGGCUACUCCGGGGGCGGUGGAGGCUCCAGCUGCGGAGGUGGAGGCUCUAGCUGCGGGGGUUACUCCGGGGGCGGGGGAGGCUCCAGCUGCGGGGGCUACUCCGGGGGCGGCGGAGGCUCCGGGCAGCAGGUUCAGUGCCAGAGUUAUGGAAGCAUCUCUAGCGGCGGCUGCGGCGGGGGCUCCUCCGGCUGCGGGAGCGGCGGGGGCUCCUCCGCCUGCGGGGGCGACGGGGGCUCCUCCGGCUGCGGGGGAGCUGGCUACUUCUCCUCGCAGCAGACCACCCAGACCUCCUGCAUGCCGCAGCAGAGCUACGGAGGGGGGUCUUCCUGCGCUGGGGGCGGCGGCUCCUCUGGAGGCGGCGGCAGCUGCUUCUCCAGUGGUGGGGGGUCGUCCUGCGGUGGGGGCGGCGGCUCCUCCGGGGGCGGCGGCGGCUGCUUCUCCAGUGGUGGGGGGUCGUCCUGCGGUGGAGGCGGCAGCUCCGGUGGGGGCUCCGGAGGUGGCAAGGGCGUCCCGAUCUGCCACCAGACCCAGCAGAAGCAGGCGCCUACUUGGCCAAGCAAAUAAGGCCAGUUGGACGCCGCGGAGACUGAGGAGCUGGAGCCGUUUUCGGUGGGCGCCUAUGGGCUCAGCGCUCUCUUGAUAUUGCCGAGGUUCCCAAAUGCUUCGUGUGUUACACCCAGACGAAGCCUUAGAGUUCUGGGGCUGCUUCUUGUUCUACAGGUUUUCCUCUUUGGUUUCUGUACAACUACCUCCCAACCCCAGUGCCUCCUCAGUCAAUAAAUUUGCAAUUCAUGAGAA